UCUGUAGCUGCACGCGGUAAGUACGAUGGCCGCGGUGCCGCACGUCGUGGUGAUCACCUUCCCCUUCGCCUCCCACGCGGUGAAGCUGUUCCGCCUGGCGCGCGCCCUGGCCGCGGCCGUGCCGGCAGCCACCUUCUCCUUCCUCUCCACCGCCGGCUCCAUCGCGCAGCUGCAGGAGAAGAACCAGGAGAAUGCCCUCGAGCCCAACCUACGCUUCGUGGAGGUCCCGGACGGGCUGGUGUCGCCGAGCUCGGGUGGCGCUGGGACGACGCCGCCGCCCAACCAUAUGGCGCGUCUCGGGCUCUUCUUGGCCGCCGCUGAGGCCGGCGGGGUGAGGGUGGCGCUGGAGACGGCUCGCGCCGCCGCGGGCGGCGCCAGGGUCACCUGCAUCGUCGGCGACGCGUUCGUCUGGAUGGCCGCCGAGGCGGCCGCCGCGGUCGGGGCGCCGUGGGUUCCCGUCUGGACCGGCGGCCCCAGCGCGCUCCUUGCGCACCUCCAAGGCGACGCGCUGCGCGACGACAUCGGCGACAAAGCGGCGAGCCGAGCGGACGAUGUGCUGACGGCGCACCCGGGCCUGGGAAGCUACCGCGUCCGGGACCUCCCCGACGGCUGCGUCUUCGGCGACAUGCACCUGCCCAUCGUCGCCCUCUUCCGCCGCGUUGCCGACCAGCUGCACGUUCCCGGCGCGGCCACCGCCGUCGCCCUCAACACCUUCCCGGGCCUCCUCCCCGACGACGUCACCGCCGCCCUCGCCGCCGAGCUCCCGGAGGUCCUCCCCAUCGGCCCCUUCCACCUUCUCCCGGUCCCCGGCGACGACAACGACGUGGCCGACCCGCACGGAUGCCUCGCCUGGCUCGACGGCCACGCGGCCCGCACCGUCGCGUACGCCAGCUUCGGCACGGUGGUCACCGCCGUGGUGGGCGGGCAGGAGGAGCUGCGCGAGCUCGCGGCCGGGCUGGAGGCCUCCGGCGCGCCGUUCCUUUGGUCGCUGCCCAAGGAGUACUGGCCGCUGCUCCCGCCGGGGUUCCUCGACCUCGACCGCGCCAAGGUGGUGCCGUGGGCGCCGCAGGCCGCCGUGCUGCGGCACGCGUCGGCGGGCGCCUUCGUGACGCACGCGGGGUGGGCCUCCGUGCUGGAGGGCGUGGCCGGCGGAGUGCCCAUGGCGUGCCGUCCCUUCUUCAGCGACCAGAGGAUGAACGCGCGGAUGGUGGCGCACGUAUGGGGCUUCGGCACGGUCUUCGAGCAGCCCAUGACGCGCAGGGCCGUGGCGGAGGCGGUGUGGUCGCUCCUGCUCCUCGCCGGCGGCGACCAAGGCAUGGCCCGGAUGCAGGAGAUGCGGGACAUGGCGGCCAACGCGUUCAUGCUGCCCGACGGCGGCAGCAGGAGGAACCUGGAUAAGCUUCUCAAGAUAGUCUGUCCACCAUCAUCAUCAUCAGAAGAAGAUGAUCAUGUCGAUGAAGCGGAAGCAGUGAUGACGAGAUGCACACCACCGACGACACAUGAACAUGAUCUGCUGCUUGGUGCCAGCAGCCGCGCACGCACCGUGGCCGACUGAAUUAAUUAGCAAGCUCUGUGGAUU